GAGAGAGCGGAUAUAGUUGAAUGCGGGGGUCCGGGGAGGAGCGGAUAUAGUGUGAAUGCGGGGGGGGAUCUGGGAGAGCGGAUAUAGUGUGAAUGCGGUCCGGGGGUCCGUAAUAUGAGUGAAUGCGGAGCGGGAUAUAGUGAAUGCGGGGGGGUCCGGGGAGAGAGCGGAUAUAUAGUGAAUGCGGCGGGUCCGGGGAGAGCGGAUAUAGUGAAUGCGGGAUCUGGGGAGACCGGAUAUAGUGAAUGCGGGGUAUCCGGGGAGAGCGGAUAUAGUGAAUGCGGGGGGGAUUAUCCGGGGAGAGCGGAUAUAGUGAAUGCGGGAUCUGGGGAGACCGGAUAUAGUGAAUGCGGGGUCCGGGGAGAGCGGAUAUAAUGAAUGC